AAUCCAAACCUUUUAUCCUGGCCCCGUCUGCAAUCCACUUCUCCCCCUCUUUUGCCUCUGCCUCAGACUAUUCAUUCGAUGGCCAGCGAGUAAUAAGAUUCGCUUUCUGCUAUCCUCUUCUGCUUCUGCACACUUCUUUGCAUGUGAACCCAAGCUCACGCACGCUGACAGUUCAUACAGCUACUGUAAAAAAAAAGUUUCCACCUGGGGCCAAUACUUUAUACGGACUCACAGUAGUACUUGUGAGUAGAACAAAUGGUCUAAAUUGUUCAUUGAUUCUGUUAUAGAUUGCUUAAGCCAGCAGCAAGAAAGAGUACUGGUAAGCAGGCCAAAUAUGUGGCUGGUUUCUUGUUUUUUCCCUGUAAUUUGUACAUAGAUUAAUGUUUCCUUGCAAAACUUGUGCCUGCAUUCUUGGUUCUUGCCAUAAUUUCUUUGGGAGCGGAUGAGAGGAGAUGAGACAAGGUCGUCCUUGCUGGACCGUGUCUUUACUGCUAUGAUCUUUGCUGGUUGAGGCAGAUGUGGUGGAUGGCUUCUCUUGAAGAGGUCUUGGGUUCACAUGGCCAUUGCUUGCCUCCUCCUUUCUCCGUGACGUCUUCUUCCUGUGGGGUUCUUCCCUUUGGAGCUUGGCCCCUACCUACUCAGGACAAGCGUGUAGAUGCAGGCGUGAAUAGCCUUUGCCUGUGCUCCCAUGUCAAUCAAGUGUUCUGUGCUAGAUUGGUCCCAGAGAUGGUGCCUCUCUGGUGCUAAUUUCUCUUGAGGGUGUUUCUGGUUUGGAUUACUGAGUUAAUGACGCCAUGGCUGGGCAGAGUAGGAUGAGGUUUCUUGCUUCUUCCUCUCUUGAGUUUGUUCUUGGAGGAAAAUUUCUUGAUUAGGAGAUAGUACAAGGUUGGUGGCUAUGGAGGAGGAAUCCCAAUCCCAAUCCCAUUUCCCGCUCCGGUGGGAGAGCACCGGCGACCAAUGGUGGUACGCGACGCCCAUCGACUGGGCGGCGGCGAGCGGCCACUACGACGUCGUCCGGGAGCUCCUCCGCCUCGACGCCAACCUCCUCAUCAAGCUCACCUCGCUCCGCCGCAUCCGCCGCCUCGAGUCCGUCUGGGACGACGACAUGCGCUUCGCCGACGCCGCCAGGAACCGCGCCGCCGUCGCCCGCCGCCUGCUCCACGACUGCGAGCCCCCCAGGGGCGCCGCCGCUGGCGGCGGAAGCCGGCCCAACCGGCUCAUCCGCGCGGGCUACGGCGGCUGGCUCCUCUACACGGCGGCCGCCGCCGGGGACGCGGCCUUCGUGCGGGAGCUGCUCGGGAGGCAGCCGCUGCUGGUGUUCGGCGAGGGGGAGUACGGCGUCACCGACGUGCUCUACGCCGCGGCCAGGAGCGACAGCUCCGAGGUGUUCCGGCUGCUGCUCAGCGCGGUGCUGUCCCCGCCCGAGUGCUCCGCCGGGGGAGAAGGCGACGGCGGCACCGCCGCCAUUGCUGGGGGUUUCAUGUUCCGGUGCGAGAUGAUGAACCGCGCGAUGCACGCCGCGGCAAGGGGAGGCAACCUGGAGGUCCUCAGGGAGCUCCUGCAGGGGUGCUCCGACGCGUCGGCGUUCCGGGACGCUCAGGGAUCGACGAUCUUGCACGCCGCGGCCGCGAGGGGGCAGCUUGAGGUUGUGAAGGAUCUUAUUGCCUCUUUCGAUAUAGUCAACUCCACAGACGAGCAAGGGAAUACGGCAUUGCAUCUAGCCGCCUUUCGAGGUCAUUUGCCCGUGGUCAAAGCCCUCAUCACUGCAUCCCCAUCACUUAUAUCAGCUACAAAUGAAGUUGGCGACACGUUCCUUCAUAUGGCGCUGACUGGCUUUAGGACCCCAGGAUUCCGAAGGCUUGAUCGUCAGAUGGAGCUUAUGAAGCAAUUGAUUGGUGGAGUGAUCAUGGAUUUAAGCAGCAUUAUCAAUAUGCAAAACGACGAUGGAAGGACAGUUCUUCACUUGGCUGUGAUUGGCAAUCUGCACUCUAGCCUUGUUGAGCUCUUGAUGACUGCACCGUUGAUUGACCUUAAUGUCCGGGACAAUGAUGGCAUGACUCCUCUGGAUUUACUUAGGAAACAGCCACCAACAGCAUCGUCUGAGAUACUCAUCAAGCAGCUUAUUUUGGCUGGUGGAAUUGCAAAUUCAAUGGACCAUGAGACCAGAUCAGCCAUUGCUUCUCAGCUAAAGAUGCACUGUAUCGUAGGCAGCCCGGGAACAUCCUUCAAGAUCCCAGAUGCCGAGAUCUUCCUCCAUGCAGGUAUCGAUGCGUCAGACAUCAGCGAAAGAACGAACUCAUUCUCUAGCGUUGGACAGAGUGAGCCAGAAUUUCCGGAAUCCAGUCGUAAGAAGCUGAACUCUAUGCAAAAUGCAGCGAAACAUCUCAAGAUCCUACUCAGAUGGCCCCUCCGCAAGGAGAAGAAAUCAUCAUCCGGUGCCCGAAAUGAACUGGACGACGACGCAUCCUCUGUGGAUUCAGUCAAGAGCUGGAGCCACGGGGAGACCCCGACACCGCUGAGGCAGAAGUACUCCAGGAUGAGCUCCCUGUUCAACAACAAGCGGACCAUGGCAGCCAGGAUCGGCUCACCGAGUCCAUCGAUGAAGAAGAGCUUCGCAGAUGGCCUCGCACAUGGCGUGAUGCAGCCCGAAUCGCCUUCAGGCUCGGGCUCCUGGUCGUCGUCGUCCUUGGUCGACAGGAUUGAAGCCGUCCAUCUGGACAAGAAUGGCCAAGCAUCUCCUGAUACCAGUGUGGUGAUCAGGCGUACACCCAAGAAGCACGGGUCUUUGAACAGCAGGCUCAUGAACCAAUACUUCUGCAUCGGAGCGCAGGGGAUAGCUGUCGAGGACUCAACCACGGGGCAGCGAUCAAGUCGGAUGUUCAGAAGUUCACUUCUGUCAGCUGCCUGAAUUCGUAAUUUAGACAUGGUUUGCUUUCCUUGACUUCACUGCUUACAAGUUACAGCUGAUCUGUUAGUAUGUGCGAGUGCAUGUGAGAAGACUGUCAUAUGUUGUGUUUGUAUUACUGAUGCAAAAUGGUGAGAUCUACUAAUGUAAUGUAGUGCUGUUGGUAGUGUGUAAUGAUUUUGUUGGGAGAGUGAGUACAAUGGAAGGCAUGGUUUUCAAGUUCUAUGGUUUUUAUAUCUUACAAUAUCAUAUGAGGUUAGUGAGUAUAAUUUGUAGCAGAGUAAAUUACAUUGGUGGUACACGAACUUGUUAAGUGGGUGCAAUUUAGUAUAUAAAUUUGUAAAAUGCUCAUUUUGGUACACGAACGUA